UUGACCCAUCAGUACCUCAGCUCUCAGCUCACUCUUCAUCUCCACUCAACAAUCAACACCCAAACCAUGGCUUUCAACGGAAAGUGGGAAACCGAAUCUCAGGACGGAUAUGAAGUGUUCUGCAAACUGAUUGGUAUCCCCGAUGAUGUCAUCUCCAAGGGCCGUGACUUCAAGCUUGUGACAGAGGUCAUCCAGAACGGAGACGAAUACACAUGGAUCCAGUACUACCCAAAAAACCACGUUGUGACCAACAAAUUCAUCGUUGGCAAAGAGAGUGAGAUGGAGACUGUUGGAGGGAAGAAAUUCACGGGCAUAGUCUCCAUGGAAGGGGCCAAGCUGGCCAUAAGUUUCCCCAAGUACCACCAUACAUCUGAGAUCAGUGGUGGAAAGCUGGUGGAGACCUCCACAGCAACCAGUGCCACGGGUCCGGUUGUUUUUGUACGUACCAGCAAGAAGAUCUAACUCUAUUAUUGAGAUAAAUUGCCCUGUUCUGCUCCAAUUUACUUCAAUAAAGUGUACGAGCUAAACUAA